AUGUUCACCGUUUUGCUGCGCGCCAGGGCGGGGAUGAAAGUGGAAGGUUUGAUUCAGAACUUUGUCCGGCAGGUUCGCACGUUGAGCCUUCAAAUGGUAGAUGUUGGGGCCAAAGCUACAACGCGCCGAACGGCUCGGGCUGGCUGCACUGUGGUGGUCGGCAAGGAGGUGGCUGCAGCCUUGGCAGCUAAGACGGUGGCCAAGGGUGAUGUAUUUACAGUUAGUGAAGUUGCUGGAAUCAUGGCAGCGAAGCGCACGCCAGACCUGCUGCCACUGUGCCAUCCUUUGCCUUUGACCCGUGCCACUGUUCAUUGCAAGCUCGAUGAAGAGAAUGCGCUGGUGCAUGUCGAAGCGGAUGUGUCAUGUGAUGGCCAGACCGGUGUUGAAAUGGAGAGCCUAGCAGCGGCUUCAACUGCUGCACUGUGCAUCUAUGACAUGUGCAAGCCGAUUAGCAAAGGCAUUGUGAUCACAAACCUUCGGCUAUUGAGCAAGACCGGAGGGAAGAGUGGUGACUAUGUCGCACCGGAGGGUGCAGCCUGA